AUGUUUAGAUUUUUCCAACAAAAGAAUAAGCUCAUCUGCAUCAAGAGAGGUGUAAUUAUCUCCAAAGCAAUCUCAUCCUCCUUAUCGCCUUUAUUUCCUUCCUCUUCUUCGUCUUCACCUUCAGCUCCUUUCAAAUCAAAUCUCACAACCACAAUACUCAGUUGCAAAAGCCCAGACCGAGCACUUCACAUAUUCAACUCAGCCUUAAAAAGACCUAACCCAAUUCAGAUUCUACAGCUAUAUCCGGCUAUCAUUCACGUAUUAACCAGUGCAAAAUGGUACAUCAAGGCAAGGUGUUUGAUGAAAGACCUCAUAGAAACUCUCCGCAAGACCCACGAGCCCCGGCGGGCCUGUUCCUCUGUUUUCAAUGCGCUUAAUCAAUUGCAGAGUCCCAAAUUCAGUCCCAGUGUGUUUGGUGUGUUGAUCAUUGCAUUGUCUGAAAUGGGUCUUGUUGAGGAGGCCUAUGGUGUGUACCGGAAAAUGGCAGAAUUGCCUCAAAUUCAGGCUUGCAAUGCACUUUUAGAUGCAUUUUUCAAGAGGGGUAGGCUUGAUUCGAUGUGUGAAGUCUAUGGGGACAUGGUUUCUCGUGGGGUAUCACCUAGUGUUGUCACAUAUGGGAUUUUGAUUGAUGCUUGGUGUGGUCAAGGCGAUAUUGUGAAAGCCAGAUUGUUUUUGGAUGAGAUGAUUGAGAAGAAGAUAGAACCGACAGUUGUGAUUUACACGACUCUGAUACGUGGUCUCUGCAGCGAGAGUAAGAUAUUGGAAGCAGAAAACAUGUUUAGGACAAUGCAGGAAGCUGGUGUAGUUCCCAAUCUGUAUACUUAUAAUACACUGAUGGAUGGCUAUUGUAAGUUAGAAAAUAUUGAAAAAAUCUUUGAUUUGUAUCAUGAAAUGUUAAGUAAUAAUUUGCAGCCAAAUGUUGUUACAUUUGGUAUCAUAACAGACGCUCUUUGCAAAGUUGGUGAAUUGGUAGCCGCAAGAAACUGCUUUGUCCAUAUGGUCAAGUUUGGAGUCAUUCCUAAUUUAUUUGUUUACACUUGUCUGAUUGAUGGCUCCUGUAAAACAGGCAGUCUGUGUGCAGCGAUGGAUAUGUAUGCAGAGAUGGAAAAGAUUGGUAUUUCACCUGAUAUUUUUACCUAUGGUGUACUUAUAAAAGGUUAUUGUGAUUUAGGUAGAGUGGAUGAGGCACAUGGUUUACUGAGGAAGAUGAUUGAAGCUGGAGCAUGUAUAAAUUCUGUGGUGUAUAAUACACUCAUUGAUGGGUAUUGUAAGGUAGGCGGUAUGGAGAAGGCUUUGGAGGUGUGUACUCAAAUGGGAGAAAAAGGUCUAGGUCCCAAUGUCAUUACCUUUUCUACCUUGAUAGAUGGUUACUGCAAGGCAGGGAACAUGGAAGCUGCAAUGGGUUUGCAUACAGAAAUGGUGAUUAAAGGGCUUGAGCCUGAUGUGGUUGCUUAUACAGCUUUAAUUGAUGGGCACUUUAAAGAUGGUAAUAUGAAAGCAGCCUUUUGGCUGUACAAGGAAAUGACGGACGCAGGACUCACACCUAAUGUUUUUACUCUUACUUGCUUAAUUGAUGGACUGUGCAAGGAUGGAAGGAUUAAUGAUGCAAUCAAUUUAUUCUUGGGAAAAAUUAAAAUCAAAGCUGGCCCUGCUAGGACCAAAAUGGAUCAGGUGGAUAAUAGGUAUUCAUUGCCCAAUAAUGUCACGUACGCUACCCUAAUCCAUGAUCUUUGCAAGGACGGGCGGGUAUUUAAAGCCAGUAAAUUUUUCUCCGAUAUGCGAUGCAAUGGUUUGAAACCAGAUUUGCUCACUUACACUUUUAUGAUAGAGGGGCAUUCUGUAGCCAAGAAUGUAAUUGAUGUGAUGAUCUUGUAUGCAGAUAUGAUAAAGAUGGGUAUAAUGCCAAAUGCAAUCAUAUACCAGAUCCUGGCUAUGAGUUACCGACAGAUUGGAGAUCAUGGAUCAGCUCACAGGGGCUAUAAGGAUGUAUUGAUAUGA